CUCCCUUUAAAUAACUGACUAUAUUAUUUAUGAUUUAGCACUUCUCUUUCUUCGUCUUCCAUUCCAUCACUCCCAUUAAAAAUCAAUAAUAAUUAGCCUUCACCGUUGUUAUCACAUUCUUCACUCUCGAAGAAACAACAACAAUAACAAUGGCGUCGACACGAGUAGAUCUUGACGGCAACCCCAUCAAGCCAAUCACAAUCUGCAUGAUCGGCGCCGGCGGGUUCAUCGGUUCCCAUCUCUGCGAGAAGCUCAUGUCGGAGACACCACACAAGGUUCUCGCCUUGGAUGUCUACAACGACAAGAUCAAGCACCUCUUGGAACCCGACACGCUCCCUUGGGCUGGUCGCAUCCACUUCCACCGCCUCAACAUUAAACACGAUUCCAGGCUCGAGGGUCUCAUCAAGAUGGCAGAUCUGACCAUAAAUCUGGCUGCAAUAUGCACUCCAGCGGAUUACAACACGCGCCCCCUUGACACCAUUUACAGCAAUUUCAUUGAUGCGCUCCCCGUGGUGAAGUACUGUUCGGAAAAUAACAAGCGGCUUAUUCAUUUCUCUACUUGUGAAGUGUAUGGGAAAACGAUUGGAAGUUUUCUCCCCAAAGAUAGUCCUCUUCGUCAGGAUCCUGCAUACUAUGUUCUUAAAGAAGAUGAGUCUCCAUGCAUUUUUGGUUCAAUCGAAAAGCAGAGAUGGUCCUAUGCCUGUGCAAAGCAGUUGAUUGAGAGGCUGAUUUAUGCUGAGGGUGCUGAAAAUGGCAUGGAGUUCACAAUUGUGAGGCCUUUUAACUGGAUUGGACCUCGAAUGGAUUUCAUUCCUGGCAUUGAUGGUCCAAGUGAGGGCGUUCCUCGGGUUCUUGCAUGCUUUAGCAAUAAUCUUCUAAGAGGAGAGCCCCUCAAGCUUGUGGACGGUGGCCAAUCCCAGAGAACCUUUAUUUACAUAAAAGAUGCUAUUGAAGCUGUCUUAUUGAUGAUUGAAAAUCCUGCCAGGGCCAAUAGCCAUAUCUUCAAUGUAGGUAACCCAAACAAUGAGGUUACAGUUAGACAGCUUGCUGAAAUGAUGACUCAGGUUUACUCAAAGGUGAGUGGAGAGCAACCUCCUGAAACACCUACAAUUGAUGUGAGCUCGAAAGAAUUUUAUGGGGAAGGAUAUGAUGAUAGUGACAAGAGAAUUCCUGACAUGACCAUAAUAAACAGGCAACUUGGAUGGAAUCCUAAGACCUCGCUUUGGGAUCUGCUUGAAUCCACUCUGACCUAUCAGCACAGGACAUAUGCUGAAGCCAUUAAGAAAGUCCUUGCAAAACCCGUUGCAAGUUAAGCCUAUGAUGGUGAUGGUGAUGGUGAUGUGGAUGUGCUACCUUUGAGAAGGGUAUUUUUGCCUAAGUUCUCUGGUCAUCGAGGACCUUACAUAUAUUUUUACUGGUUGAUUUUAUAUACAUGAUAAAUUUUCCUCGUUUUGGUUUCUGUACCAAAAGGUAAAUAGCCCAAAUGCCUUAAUCUGUGAUGCUGCUAUGUAAUUUUAAUGUAGAGCUUUGCGCUACUAAAACAUGUGGAGGCAUUUUAUAUAAGAGGAAAGGUGGUUUUUGUUUCUUCUUUUUUUUCUUCAUGUUUUAGAGGUCUGUCGGUCAUUGCUGGCAUAUGUCUUUCCAGCUCAGUUGUAAGUUGUAACAUUCUGUUUGACACUCAGAAGCCAUGUGUUCUAAAUUAUUUGUCAUUAAUUUAUUUUAUGAAUCACUUUUUAUUCUUGUUAGCUCCAAUUUCCC